AUGGUCUCUUUAUACAACCUCAUCAAGCCGUCCAAUUACGCUAGAUCACUCUCAGAUGAGGCAACAGAAAAAUCUGGCGCCGAAAAUGUACUUUCCAACCUCAAUGAUACCGUUGUUUCUAUGAAAUGGGGUGGCUCUCGAGGCGGUGGCAGUGGCAGUAGAGGCGGCAGCAGUGGCAGUAGAGGCGGCAGCAGUGGAAGUAGAGGUGGUAGCAGUGGUAGCAGUGGCAGCAGUGGCAGUAGUGGCAGCCGAGGCGGUAGUGGCAGCAGUGGCAGUAGUGGAAGCCGAGGCGGAAGCAGUGGUAGCAGUGGCAGCAGCGGCAGCAGUGGCAGCCGAGGCGGUAGUGGAGGAUACAACAACUACAGAGGCGGCUACUACGGAGGAUACUAUCCACACCACCACCACCAUUCAAAUGGUACCAGCAGCAGCGGCCGGCAUAAUUCUGCUCGAGCCGGAAAGAUUGCCGGCAUUGUAAUUGGCUCGAUGGUUGGCUUUGUACUUCUCGUCAUUUGCAUCUCUGUUAUUGUCAAUAAAUGUCGCAAACGCCGCUACAGAACAAAAAGCCGAGGUCAGAGCGGCUCCAUAGAAGCAUAUCCGAUGUCAGAUCCAACGUACAACAACUACAAUCACUACAGCAGUUACGGCAAUUACGGCAACUACAGCAAUACUGAUGCUUAUGGCAACUACGGCAAAACUGAUAAUUACGGCAACUACGGCAAUUCCAACAAUGACACAAAAGUUGCUGAAACUGGAAACACCAACAUAUUCCCAAAUACUCCUGGCGCUACUGGCGGCGAAUCGAAACAGGAUAGCCCGUCCAACAUUGUCACCGGAGAACCAGCCAGCAGACCCUCAAUGGCAUUAUUUAAACACAGCCGCUCCGAGAACGCAUAG